AUGCGAAUUAAUGCUAAUCUUGCGAUACUCGGUGAAAAAAUCAUUCUUGUUCCUUACAAAGAGCAUCAUGUAAACAAGUACCACAACUGGAUGAAAGACGAAACAAUACGUGAGCUUACAGCAUCUGAACUAUUAUCAUUCGAUGAAGAAAUCCAAAUGCAACAGACAUGGCUCAAAGAUGACGAUAAGUGCACAUUUAUUAUUCUAUCAAAAGAUAUGUAUGAAACAAGUAAAAAUGAAAUUGAAUCUAUGAUCGGUGAUGUAAAUAUAUUUAUCAAUGAUGCUGACGAUGUGAAAUAUGGUGAAAUUGAAAUUAUGAUUGCCGAAAAAUGGACACGGGGAAAAGGACUCGGAAAAGAAGCUGUAUGCACUAUGUUACGUUAUGGUAUUGAAAAUUUGCAUUUGAACCGGUUCAUAGCUAAAAUUGGUAUCCAAAAUAAUACAUGGAUGGCUGCUGUGAAUGUGUAUCAUACAAGUGUAACCACAGAUAAUUUAAGUCGUCAUGAUAUUUUACAAUGGAUUAAUAAUGCACUCGAUGCCAAUUAUAUAAAAGUCGAAGAUUUAUGUACCGGUGCGGCAUAUUGUCAAUUUAUGGAAAUGAUGUUUCCAGGUUCGAUGCAAUUGAAAAAAGUGAAAUUUAAUGCGAAAUUAGAGCACGAAAAUAUUCAAAAUUUUAAAAUACUUCAAAAUUCAUUUAGAGCUGUUCAUAUUGAUAAGAUUGUUCCAGUUGAAAAAUUAGUCAAAGGAAAAUUUCAAGAUAAUUUUGAAUUUGUUCAAUGGUUCAAAAAAUUUUUUGAUGCCAAUUAUACACCGCAUGAUUAUGAUCCAGUAGCUGCACGAGAAGGACAACCUCUUGGUCCUGGUGUGUCGAAGGGUGGUACUCAUACAAGUGGUACAUCUGGUUUGCCUAGAGCUGCAUUACCACAACCAGCAAUUCGACAAACACAACAUCAAAAUCCAGUAUCACAUGGUUCUGUUAAUCCACCAAUUCAAAGAGUCCCAUUAACAUCAACAAAUCAGCCACGACAAGUUCCAAAUACAAUGAAAGUACCACAACAAAAAAUAUCACCAUCGACACAUCGGCAGGCUCCUGCUGCUGCUCCUGUUGAUCAUCAACUUAAUGGCGAGACCGCUCGAUUACAAGCAGAGCUUGAAAUUUAUCAUCAACAAACAGAGCAAUUUCGACAACAAAUUGAAGGUUUAGAAAAAGAACGUGAUUUCUAUUAUCAAAAAUUACGUGAUGUGGAAUUAAUAUGUCAAGAACCAGACUGUGAAAAUUUACCUCAAAUACAGAAAGUUUUAGAAGUUCUAUAUGCAACAGAGGAAGGUUUUGCAUCUCCGGAAGAAAACGGCAAUGGUCAAGAUAUUGGAGGUGCUGUGAUACAAGGUGGUGGUGACGAAGAAGAAUAUUGA